CCAACUUGCUCUAUUCAUAAUGGCCACCGCCUUGCGUUUCGUCCCCGAACCCAAGACUAUUGCUAUUGUAGGAUGUCCAUUCAGCGGCGGACAGCCGAAACCUGGUGUUGACAAGGGCCCCAUUCACCUCGUCGAAGCAGGCCUUAUCACCCAACUCGAAGGACUAGGGUGGAAGGUCAAAUUCAACGGACACCAUCAGUUUGAAGAUAUUAGCGCGGAGAACGACCCUCCCAUCGGUAUCCUCAAGAACCCCCGUCUAGUCUCUCGCGUGACGAAGUCUGUCGCCGAUGUGGUUGGUAGCCACGUUAAGAACGGCGAGCUGCCAGUCACGCUGGGAGGAGACCAUUCACUGGCAAUGGGCACGAUUUUCGGGACGUUGAGUCACCAUCCUAAUGCUUGCGUAGUCUGGGUGGAUGCGCAUGCCGAUAUCAAUACGGUAGAAUCAACGGAUACCGGGAACAUCCACGGAAUGCCGUUGUCUUUCCUCCUCGGUCUUGGAAGCAAGGUCCCCGAAUUCUCUUGGGUGAAGCCUUUGUUGAAGAAUGAUUCCCUGGUUUACAUUGGCCUUCGGGAUGUUGACCCCGGAGAGAAAGCCAUCCUGCGUGAAAAUAACAUCAAGGCUUUCAGCAUGCACGAAGUCGAUAAAUACGGCAUUGGGAAAGUUGUGGAGAUGGCAUUGAAUCAUGUCAACCCUAACAGAGACCGUCCUAUUCACUUGAGCUUCGAUGUAGAUGCGCUCGACCCUUCUGUUGCCCCGUCAACCGGAACACCAGUCCGUGGGGGUCUCACCUUCCGAGAAGGUCACUACAUCUGUGAAGCAAUCUACGAGACCGGCCUAUUGGUAGCGAUGGAUCUCAUGGAAGUCAACCCCUCGCUGGCGGACGCUGCGAGUGUCGAGCAAACGGUGACUGUCGGGUGUUCUUUGCUUCGCUCUGCCCUAGGUGAAACGCUUCUCUGAACCGUCUCGACGUGCAGAAAGUGCGUACAUGUUUGCAUCCACUAGAACUGCGGCGACCGCCAAUGGUAUCACGGACCGCUUCCUACAUUCUUAUAAUCAGCAUGUAAUAAUUCAAAUUCCAUCAGUUUUCGUCACUU